CAUGAGAAUAUAUUGCCCAUCGGGGAAGUAAGUGACCUUUAGCGGAGUGAAGUUGAGUGACCUGUCCCUGCUUACUGUUUUUCCAGCUAAUGUGUAAAACGAUAGUCCACCGUCCCAGUCAGCGACACAUAAAACAUCCACAGCAUCAUCCCUGAAAUGAAAAGAGUUUGCCCAAUACUUCAGUAAAGAUGUGAAUUUUGAAUUCCAUGAGUGGAUGAACCAACCUUAUUUCUUAUAGAAACAUAUCCGACGGCAAGCCCAAGAGCCAAAUAUUGCCCAUCCUUGGUCCAGGCACAACAAUUGACUCGUCCCCCUGAUUUCAAUUUUUGAACAGCCUUUUGUUCAGCAGACCAAAAUGCGAUAUCUGAAAGUGCACAACUGAGCAGUUGGUGCGAAACAGGAUUAAACUGCAUCGCCUGAACGGCUUCACUGUGUCUGAAAAAUUAGGAUGACAUUGAGAAGGUAGUUGCUGAAAUUGAGCGAGAAGAAGCAAAGAGGCAACGUGUAGUAGAGACAGUAGUUGGACCUCCUUCGCAUCGUGUGAAUUUUAGUUUGACCGCGCAUCCAUUUAAAGAUGAACUUGUCAUGCUAGGGGGUGAAUUUUACAAUGGGCAAACGACCGUCGUAUAUGGGGAUAUGUUUUUCUACAAUAUAAGUAAAGAUGAGUGGUCCAUAGUCAAGGCACCUGGUGGCCCACCUCCAAGAUGUGGUCAUCAAGCAGUUACUGUACCAUCGAAUAAGGGUGAAUUAUGGGUGUUUGGCGGUGAAUUUUCAAGCCCUUCUCAAUCACAGUUUUAUCACUAUCGAGAUCUUUGGGUCUAUCACUUCGGCGAUAAAAAAUGGGAAAAAAUUGGCGCAACAGGUGGACCAUCAGCAAGAAGUGGCCAUAGAAUGGUUUACUCAAAAAAACAACUGAUCAUUUUUGGAGGUUUUCACGACAAUCUUAGGGAUUAUAAGUAUUUCAAUGACGUUCAUAUAUUCAAUCUCACCACGUAUAAAUGGAACAAAUUGGAGAUCACAGGUAUUCCUCCUGCGCCCAGAUCGGGAUGUAUAGUGUUGCCUACUCCAGACAAUAAAGUCCUCAUCUACGGUGGUUAUAGUAAAGAAAGAAUCAAGAAAGACGUAGAUAAGGGUCACGUUCAUACGGACAUGUUCCUAUUGAGUCCUGAGAAAACUGAUCAGACUGGGCUCAAGUGGAAAUGGUCCUCAGUGAAACAGAGUGGAAUAACAAUUUCCCCAAGAUGCAGCGCCAGUGCAAUUUUGGCUCAAUCUAAUCUAGCAUACAUGUUCGGUGGCGUAUUUGAUGAGGAAGAGGACGAAGAAGAUCUUAAAGGAACGUUUUUCAAUGACCUUGUGGCCCUUGACCUUGAAAAAUAUCAAUGGCGAACAGUAACAUUGAGCGGGAAAAAAGAUCCACAAGAAAAACGUAAACGAAGAAAAGAAAAAGUUGCUGGUGAUACCAACGAUGAAAGUGAUGACGAAGAAGAAAAUCAAAAAGAUUUACAUGCGAUGGACGUUCCACCUGAACCAACCAGCGUAACGGAUGGAAUCUUUACAGUUACUGUUGGACCUUCGACUGUAGUCAGUAGCCCAAGUAUACAGCAAAAUCAAUCACCCGAUACUUUUUCUCCAUCUCCUCGCAUCAAUCCUGGGCUAGUCGUCAAACAUGGAGUGUUAUAUUUAUUCGGCGGAAUGGUCGAAGAUGGAGAUCGACAAUACACAUUAAAUGAUUUUUACAAAUUAGAUUUUCGUAAACUGGACGAGUGGAAAACUUUAAUCAAAAGCGAUAUUUCUACACAAACAUGGAUAGAUUCGGAAAGUUCGGAGUCUGAAAGUGAUGAAGAGGAGUCGGGUAGCAGUGAAGAAGAAAUGGAGGUUGAUGAGAACUGAAUCUUGUGUUUUAUUUAAAUAAAUAUCAACAAAACGAU